AUGAUCGAUAUUGUGACGAUAUUGCUGGGCUUUGUGGUCGGCGCGAGCACCGACGCGGACCAGUUCCUCACCAAACAGUCAUUGUUGAUCUUCGGUCUCGGCGCGCUGUCGUUCGCCAUCGCGACCGCGUCCGGCGUGCUCUUCGCGAAGUUCAUGAACCUCUUCCUGCAUCACAAGAUCAACCCGUUGAUCGGCGCGGCGGGAGUGUCGGCCGUGCCCGAUUCGGCGCGCGUCGUCCAAGUGGUAGGCCACGAGUCCGACCCGAACAAUCACCUGCUGAUGCAUGCGAUGGCGCCGAACGUGGCGGGCGUCAUCGGGUCAGCGAUUGCGGCGGGCGUGCUAUGGUCCGUCCUCACCAAGCUUUUGACCGUGGCGAAGAAAAUCGAUUUCAUGUGCACCGCUUUCCGGGACGGCUUCCAGUCGGCCUAUGGGGCACGAGUACAGACCGCCGACUUCCUGCCGGCGCUCGAGGCGGCCCGUGACGCGGGCCUCAAUUACUUCGAGGCCGGUGGCGGCGCCCGGUUUCAAUCGCUGUACUUCUACUGCCAAGAAGACGCGUUCGACAUGAUGGACGCGUUCCGGGCCACCGUCGGCCCCGACGCGAACCUGCAGACGCUUUCCCGCGGCGUGAACGUCGUGGGGCUCGAGUCCCAGUCGAGCGACGUCAUCCGACUGCACGCCGAGCUCUUCAAGAAGCACGGCAUGACAACGAUUCGCAAUUUCGAUGCGUUGAACGACGUGCAGAACCUCGUCUACAGCGGGCGCUGCAUCGUUGAGGCAGGCCUGAAGCACCAAGUGGUCGUCACGAUGAUGGAGCUGCCGCCCGGCUGUUUCGGCGCGCACGACGCCGACUUCUACGCCGGCGUGCUCCAACAGAUCCUCGACGCCGAGAUCCCCUACGACUCGGUCUGUUUCAAGGACGCCUCUGGCACGGCCGUGCCGUCCAAAGUCCACGAGACGAUCAAGCGCGCCCGCAAGGUGCUGCCGGCCGACACGUACAUCCAUUUCCACACCCACGAAACGGCCGGCGUCAGCGUGCAGGCCUACAUGGCCGCAUUGGAGGCUGGCGCCGACGCCAUCGACCUGUCGCUUGCGCCCUGCUCGGGAGGGACUUGCCAGCCCGACGUGCUGGUGAUGUGGCACGCCCUUCGCGGCAGUCGCUUCGAGCUCGACGUCGAUAUCGACAAGGUCCGCGAAGCGGAGGGGGUCUUCAAGGAUUGCAUGAAGGACUAUUUCCUUCCGCCCGAGGCGGUUGCCGUCGAACCCCUGAUCCCCUGGAGUCCGAUGCCGGGCGGCGCCCUAACGGCGAACACGCAGAUGCUGCGGGAUAACGGCGUCAUGGACCGCUACCCGGAGAUGAUUCACGCCAUGAGCGACGUCGUCCGCCGCGGCGGCUAUGGCACUUCGGUUACGCCGGUCUCGCAGUUCUACUUCCAACAGGCGUUCAACAACGUCAUGUUCGGAGCCUGGGAGAAGAUCGCGGAGCCGUAUGGGAAGAUGGUCCUCGGCUAUUUCGGAAAGACGCCGGUCCCACCGGACCCCAAGGUUAUCGCCCUGGCGUCGGAGCAGUUGGGCAUUGAGCCGACCUCCCGCCCACCGCUUGAUCUGAACGACGCCGACCCCAACAAAGGCGUCGAACCGGCACGCAAGCUGCUCCAACAGCACGGGUUGGCGGAGACGGACGAGAAUCUCUUCAUCAUCGCCACCUGCAAGGACAAAGGCCUCGCUUUCCUGAAGGGUGAGGCGACCCUCGGCAUCCGCAAGAUCGAUAAGAAGGCCACUGGCGCGACGACGGUCGACCAUCCGGGCGACUUCGCCCUCCGAAUCGGCGGCAAGCGCUUUGACGUACGGGUGGAUGGUCAGCGUGUGACGGUCGACGGACGCGUCUACGACGUUGACAUGGUGGACAAGUCCGACGCGCCCGAGCCGGUCCCCUCUGAAGACGUGACGGAAGUCGCAGCACAGAUGCCCGGAGUGGUGCUCCGAAUCCUUGCGCAUCCGGGCGACCAGGUCCGCGCCGGCGAGCCGAUCCUCGUGCUCGAGGCGAUGAAGAUGGAGGUCCGUGUAAAUGCGCCCCAAGACGGUGUGGUGCGUUCGAUCGGGGUUGAGGUGGGGCAGCAAGUCGCCAAUGGGCAGGCGUUGGCCACGCUUGGCUAG